UUAAAAGUGGGAGGAUGCGAGAUAGCUUUUUUAGCAAGUCAGUGUUUGGAAGAGGAGAGGACAGAAAGAGCAGCAGAGAUGAGCCCAUUCAGGAUUUUAACCUGUGCCAUGACCGAGGUAGGAGGCUGCCAGCCGGAAUUUAGUCUUCCUCACGAUUAUCUCUGUUUCAACAAGCUCAGGCUCUUAUUGAGGGAUUAAAAUAGGUGCCUCUGCAGCUGCAGUCAGAGUGAUCUCACCGCCUGAGUGCAGCAGGACUCCUGCAACAAACAGACACAGGCGGUGGGCUAUCGGGAACACACUGUGACUUAGUGUGAUCCUGGGAAGGAGUGAGCCCCACAACAUAAGAUGAGUGCAAACAGUGGCCGCACUCUCACCACCAGUGGACAGGAUUUGGCCAAGAAUGGCAACAGCAGUAACACCAAAGCCCCCUGGAAAGAUGCUGGGACAGUUUUGCAGCCCACCACCCCCACCAGAAAACCCCAACCACCCAAGCCACAGAAUGCCAUCACCAUUGCAGUUUCAUCCAGAGUUCUCUUCAACAUGGAGAAGGAGCAGCAGAUCUUUGAACAGCAGGGCAUGGAGGAGUACAUCAAGUACCAGGUGGCGCAUGAAACGGAGUCUUUCAGUCCUGGACCGGCCUUCUCUUUUGUCAAGGCUCUAGAGGCCGUCAAUGCUCAGCUGAGGGAACUUUAUCCUGAAAGUGAGGAGCUCUUUGAUGUGGUUCUCAUCACCAACAACCAUGCCAAUGUUGGUCUGAGGCUCAUCAAUACCAUCAAUCAUUACCAGCUGGUUAUCGAGCGCUUCUGCAUGACUGGAGGAAACAGUUCCAUCGGCUACCUGAAGGCCUACCACACUAAUCUGUAUCUGUCUGCUGAUCCAGAUAAAGUUCAUGAAGCUCUAGAGGCAGGUAUUGCAGCAGCCACCAUGUUCACUCCAGACAAGAUGACCGAAGUGUCCGAGACGCAGCUCCGCGUUGCCUUCGAUGGCGACGCUGUGCUUUUCUCGGAUGAGUCUGAGCAGAUUUACAAGGCCCACGGGCUGGACAAGUUCUUCGAGCACGAGAAAGCGCACGAGAACAAGCCUCUGGACCAUGGACCACUGAAGGGCUUCCUGGAGGUUUUAGGGAAGCUCCAGAAGAAGUUCUAUGCCAAAGGCCAUCGCAUGGACUGUCCCAUCCGCACCUAUCUGGUGACCGCUCGCAGUGCAGCCAGUUCUGGUGCCAGAGCCCUGAAAACUCUGCGCUCAUGGGGUCUUGAGAUCGACGAGGCUCUGUUCUUAGCAGGAGCCCCGAAAGGCCCAAUGCUGGAGAAGAUCAGGCCACACAUCUUCUUCGACGACCAGAUGUUUCACGUGGAGGGAGCGGCAGAAAUGGGGACAGUGGCGUGUCACGUGCCCUACGGCGUUGCACAGAGAAUUGUGAGGAAAGGAGGGAAAGAGACUUCUCCUGUAGUUAAGUAGCAAAGACACAGACGAGGGGACCAUACCUACAGGGAUUCUUUCAUUUUACAUUUGGCAGGAAGAUGUGAGAACAGCGGGAGAAUAAAACCUUAGCUAAAAUGUCCAGGAAGUGAAAACUUGAAUAAAGCCAUAUUACGGUAUAUUUUAUCCUAAAUUAAACAAAAACUUUAUGUGCAAUUAAUUAUUCGUAUGUUUAAUGAUUAGAAAACAGCUUACCAACAUAUUUUAUACAUUAGCGCUGAUAAAUCUAAUAUAUUUGUCCAGUUAUUGCUCAUCUUGACAGUAGAAUUAUGCAACGUCUAUAAAUCAGUCACUGAGAUUCACUUUAAAAUACAUUCAAAUUCUUUGCAAACCUUAUUGAAGUCCAAACAUGACAGUAGUUGGCAUUUCCUGCUUCCUAUAUAGGUAAAUUAACACUUAGGUAGUAAAAAGAACAUUUUCUUCAUGCAACAGCAUUACACUGACAGGAUUUCUGUCUUCACACUGAACCCUUAAGAUGUUUUGAUGCCCCUUUUCCAAAGCAAAACGCCUUUUUGAAGUAAAGUAUUUUAAAAAAUCUAACAGAUAUUCGAUAAAAUAUGUUUAGGCUUGAUGUAAUAAAAAAAAGCGACUAUUUUUUUAAAUUCUUGUUAUGCAAGCCUGUGGAUUAGUGCAAUUCUACUGUACAGAGUCAAAGCAGUGCCUUUUUUCUCUCCAGUUUUUUUUAUGCAUGUUAGUACGCGUUCCUCCUACAUGUUCAUGAUUAAUGUUUUGGAAUGUUUUUAAAGAUAGAAAAUAACAAAAACACUGGAAGAAAUUCAGUUAAAGACUCUGUACAUUUGAUGUUCUGCUCUUACUGUUGUGGUUCUUUUUGCAGUUGGAUUCUAAAGGAGCAACUCCUCACAUCUUAUAAACAGCAGCCUGGCAGCUUGUUAUGUUCGUUUGCUGUAUCUGAUGUUAUAACACUUGUUCUUGAAGUUGGUGUUGAAGUCAAAGGUUUAUUGUACAUUUGCUGUCUGUGACCGUACAAUUUUGAGAAGCUUUGAAAAUAAAAUAAAAUGAAAAAGAAGUUAAAAG